AUGGCCUUGCUCCCUGUUCACACAGCCCAGGUGCUGCUAUACACAUUCCCGGAGACUUUGCGGGGCGUCGUCCAGAGUGAACUCAACUACUCGGUGAUCCUGAGCUGUCUGGCUGGACUCAGACCCACACCCGUGAUCUACUGGACCUUCAACGGGCAGCCCCGAGGGACAGGGGAGAAGCUGAUCAUCCGGCGGCUGUCCAGGGAGGACUUGGGUACCUAUAUGUGCGUGGCCAAGAACAGCCAGGGACAGCUCUCCUCCGAGCCCGUAAAAGUCUCCCUGUCAGAAGUCGAAGUGGAUUCCACAGACGAGCCCAUCGACCCGGACCCCAUUCUCACGGUGUCAGGAGGAUCUGCUAUCGCCCUCCUGCUGGCCGGAUGUGCCGGGUUGGUGGUGGUGAUGGUAGGAAUUGGCUCCGCCAUCGCCCAGGCCCAAAGGACUGACAGGCGAAGAAUACGAAGAUGCUGCUGAAGUACGGCUGCUCAGUGCUUCUCCCUCCGCGAGGAGACAGACACCAUCCCACAGCUUCUACGUCUAUAACAGCGCUGUUUCAGGGAACGGCCCAGCUUAGCCCAAACCCC